CAGUCUAUAUACGUCAUUGUUGUGAAUAUCGCGUAUGUAUAACAUCGGAAUCAGGUUUUCGUUGGAACGUGUUCGUGCGCUGUAAAUGUAACUUCUCUUGCCCCCCUCACACAGAACACGCGCUACCGGUCUUGAAUUCCGUUGAGGAAGGAGGAUAAAGUACGACGAUCGAGGAGGAAAAUAUCUAUCGGUGAUUCGGAGCGUCGAUUGUCAGUCGAUCGUUGCACCGCAGCCUCUGCCGAUCUGAGAGGAUUUUUGCCAAUUCUUGUGGAGAGGAGACCGUUCGAAUAUGGAGGGGACACCGGGGCGGAUAUUUUCGCUAGUUCUUCGCCUAUUUUUACUGAGCACCGUACUGUCGUCGCCCGCGACCUUGAAUCCACCGCGUUUGGUGAACAAGAAUUUGUUCGAGGGGUCUCGCUGCCGCAUGGAAAAUGGCCGUGGGGAAGGCGUCUGUCGAAAAAUGGUAGAUUGCCCGUCGAGGAUGCAGGAGGUACGGGAGGGACUCUACAGCGGACCGGCCGGCCGCUGCGGUUUCACGCGUUUCGACGAAAUCGUCUGCUGCGGCGACGGCGCCGGGCGAAAAUCGUCCGUACGGGGCGCCAGGGCGAAGAAGGCCUGCGAGGGAUUCAAAAAGAAGGUAGGGAAACUCGAAUUUCCCUUCUACACGGUCGUCUUCAACGGCGAGCGGGCGAAGAGCGGAGAAUUUCCGUAUAUGGCGGCGCUGGGAUUUCCGGCCCAGCCGGACGACGAAUUGCAGUUCGACGGUAUCAAGUACAUAUGCGGAGGGACCCUGAUAUCCGAGAAACACGUACUCACGGCCGCCCACUGCGUCAACAACAUCCAGGGAUUCGUUCCCGUCGAAGUCAUGCUGGGGACGAUAACUCUCGGUGGUGAAAGAAAGCCGGAGACUCAGAGGAUACCCAUAUCCAAUAUCAUCAUACACCCCAGGUACAAAAGGAGCGCAAAUUACGACGACGUUGCCAUUUUGGAACUCGGUAAUCCCGUUAACAUUUCCUACAUGGUUUUCCCCACGUGUCUGACCACCGAGCCCCCGACGGACAAGGGAAAGGACAGCGAGCGAAAGGCCAAUCUGAUUAUCCUGGGUUGGGGGGCGAUCGAUCUCGACGGAACGACGUCGACGAGCCUCCUGAAGGCCGAAAAUCUGCAGUUCGUUGGCAAGGCGGAGUGUUCGAAGAGCUACGAGAACAUCCAGGCCCAAAUUCCUAACGGCUUGGACGACGGGAUGAUUUGCGUUGGCGACCCGAACAGCACCAGGAGAGCGGAUACCUGCUGGGGCGACAGCGGAGGUCCUCUUCUCGUCACCGAUGUCCGAAAUUUUCCGCAAGUCGUCGGCGUAACCUCCUUCGGACAAGCGUGCGGUGGGAAGACUCCCGGCGUCUACGCUUCGGUUUAUAAAUAUUUAGAAUGGAUCGAGGAUCAGGUUUGGUCGAACGUUGUUUAAAUUUAUCAUCGGAUUUUCCCAUUAGGUCGGAAUACCACUGUGUAAAGAAAAGAAAGAAAUUAAUGGAAUGGGGGAAUCUGCAACGCCGAUGAAUAAUAACUAACCUUGUUUGUCUCUGAAA